UGAUCUUUUUCUUUUUUGUUUCCUGCUCUCUGUUGCCUUUUGUGUUCUUCACACCUUCAAGAAAGGUGUUAUUCCUUCAUUUAAUAAAGAUAACUUUUUGUCUCCCAUUGUUUUUGCUUCAUUGCUCUCUCAAGGUUGGGGAGUUGGGGUGGAGAGAAGCAUGGCAUUCUCUGGGAUUCAUGCCUGUGUCCUGUUGCCAUUACUGUUUCUCUUGUGUUUUUCUUGUUUUGAUUUUUCUUUUGCUGUUCAUGAGCCUCACUUCAGACAUACUCCAGAUGUUGGAGAAACUCAUUCGAUUUCAUGGAGAUUUCUUGCUGAAGAAUCUCCGAGCUCAACCAAUCUGUCCACAAAUGCUUCUUUCCUCCUUGCUGCCAAAAGGACUCACCGGAGAGACCCUUUGAAUGACUACAAGCAUUACACCGGUGGCUGGAAUAUCAGUAACAAGCAUUAUUGGGCUUCUGUGGGUUUUAAUGCUGCCCCGCUCUUCGUCAUCGCUGCAGUAUGGUUCUUGGGUUUUGGAUUGAUCCUCUUUUGCAUCUCUUGCUAUUAUUGUUGUUGUCCGAGGAGAAGCUAUUCGUAUUCUCGCACAGCUUAUGCUCUCUCUCUUAUUCUUCUCAUUCUCUUCACUUGUGCCGCAAUUAUUGGAUGCAUUUUUCUAUACACCGGGCAGGGGAAAUUUCACAGCAGCACGUCUGGAACUUUGGAUUACGUCGUGAGCCAGGCGAACUUUACUGUUGAAAAUCUUCAAAACUUUUCAGAUAUUUUAUCUGACUCGAAGAAGGCGGGUGUGAAUCAAGUAUUUCUUCCAAGUGAUAUGGUGCAAAAGAUUGAUGACAUCGAUAAAAAGCUUAACACAUCUGCUACUGAGUUAUCUACUCGGGUAACUAACAAUUCAAAGAAAAUCAACGACACUCUUGAUACAGUGAGAUUGGCUUUGAUCAUUGUUGCGGCGGUCAUGCUCCUUCUAACUUUCCUUGGCUUCUUGUUUUCUGUGCUUGGAUUGCAGUUCCUUGUCUACAUUUUAGUUAUUGUGGGUUGGGUUUUGGUUGCCGGAACAUUUAUCUUGUGCGGUAUUUUCUUGAUUUUCCACAAUGUGGUUGCCGACACAUGCGUUGCAAUGCAUGAAUGGGUUGCUCAUCCACAAUCUCACACGGCACUUGAUGACAUUCUUCCGUGUGUCGACAUCGCCACUGCCAACGAAUCCUUGUACCAGAGCAAAGAAGUAACUAGUCAGCUUGUAAGCGUCGUCAAUCAAGCCAUUAACAAUGUCAUCAACAAGAACUUCCCUUCUAACGCGCCACCUUUAUACUACAACCAGUCGGGUCCUUUGGUUCCCGCUCUUUGCAGCCCUUACACGCAAAGCUUGAACAAUCGUACUUGCAAGGCCGGAGAAGUCGAUUUCAGUAAUGCGUCACAGGUGUGGCAGAAUUAUGUAUGCAAGACGACGGUUGUAUCGGGGAAUGAAAUAUGUUCAACUGUGGGUCGAAUCACGCCGAACAUUUACGGUCAAAUGACAAUUGCUGUUAAUUUGAGCAAUGGACUUGAACAGUAUGUACCAUUUCUUGUUGCGCUACAAGAUUGUACCUUUGUGAGGCAGACAUUUACGACGAUAAAUGAAAACAACUGCCCUGGCCUCGGUCGGUACACCAAAUGGAUCUAUGUUGGUUUGGCGAUGGUUUCUUCAGCGGUGAUGCUUUCUUUGAUCUUUUGGGUGUUGUAUGCCCGGGAAAGGCGACACCGGGCAUAUGGCAAGCAGUUUAUUGCGCGAUCUCAUGAAGAUAAAGGGUAUUGAGUUUAUCACUUUGAAUGUGUGUUUUUGUUGUACAUUGUAGAUUGAUGAGUGUGUAUGGUUUGGAAAUGUUCCAUCCUCUGGAAUGUAGAAUUUGUGAGCUGAUCUUUUACUGACAAUUUAGUGUGAACAGGUGAUGAUUAGUUUGUGUAUUUCUCA